UAAAGCAAUUUGUAGUGAUCUAUUACUUUUAAAGAUGGAGGAAGAAAUCAAUUAUUCUACAUUGUCUUUUAAAACUGGUGGUACAGCUCCAAAAGAAGAAAAACAGGACUCAACAAUUUAUUCCGAAGUAAAACCUAAACAGGCUGCUACGUCUGUACCAACAGAUGGUGAAGCAGCUGCACGCUCUCACUUUUGUGUGUUGGCGGUGUGUUUGGGGAUACUUUGUGUCCUCCUGUUGGCUGCAAUCAGUGCCAUCAUCUACAUCAGUGUGGUAAUAAACCAACAGAAAGCAAACCUCAGCUACCUCACAGCAGAGAAUCAGCAGCUGAUCACGAAUAGGAGCAUCUUAGAGCGAGAGACAGAGGAGCUGAGAAGCGUCACAGAUAAUCUCAACUGGACACUGCAAGUCAUCCUGACGUUUAACACCUUUCCAGUAAAUGACUUCUGCCCAAAUAAAAGGUGUCAGCCGUGUCAGACAGGCUGGCAUCUGUUCCAGGAAAAGUGCUACCUGUUUUACAAUGAAGAAAGUCCUUGGAAGACAUGGCAAGAUAGCCAAACAUAUUGCAUAAACACAACUGCAGAUCUGGUUGUUGUUGACAGUCUGCAUGAACAGGAAUUCAUAAGUAAUCACACCGAGUUCUACUACGACCAAGUUCAUGGAUACUGGCUCGGGUUACAUGAAAACAAAGACAACUGGGUCUGGGUUGAUGGACGUAAUGACACUCUAAGGUACUGGUUGAAGGACCAAAUUGGUGACCGUGGUCCAUGUGCACUGCUAAUCCCCGGGAGGAAUUCUACAGCAAGCUGGGACCCAGCAGACUGUAUAAUGCAAAACAAGUUCAUCUGUGAGAGAGACGUUCUGAUAAGGUCUAAUUAGUUAGUUUUAUUUUCUUAACAUAUUCUUGCUAUUCUAUGCUACUCAUGUUGCAUGCAAAACUACAUUCCAAAACUGUAUCACCAAUUUUGGAAAAUAAAAAUAUAAAAUUAUAAUACAUAUUUUUUAAAUCCUGAAAUAGCCUGAGUAUGAUGUGUUCAUAAUUGUGUCUACCUGUACUAUUGUUUAAAAAGUAAGUAUUGUUUAAAAUGUGUCAGAUGUCUUUUUGAACAGAUAGCUAUGUUUACUGAAGGUGUGAAAUGUCUAAAAGAAAAUCUAGAAUAUCUUCUACAGUAUUCAGUCUCACAAGAGCAGCCUAUAGCCUGCAAAUGCUGCUGAUUUCCACUGGAGAUCAGGAGUCACAACAUAAGGAGACUUUAAUUAUCUAUCAGUGUAACCAUCUUUGAAU